CGACUUAUUUUUUUUCGCUACGCUGCUUUGGGUGCUAUAGCUAUCAGGGCUAUUGAGUAAAAUGAGUAAAAUGGCGCAAUCCCACUUCCAGUCGCCGCGUUUUUCGACAUUGCACAUGAAGCCUGACUUCACGUACACCCCCUUCCUGAAGAAGCCGAUCCACCUCGCGAACGUCACCCUCGAGCAGGGAAUAUGGGCCAAGCUCUGGCUGAAGACCAAAAGCAAUGAGAAAAUGCUGGCCGACUUGCGUGAAUGUUCUCAGAAAGUGUCCCUGGACAUCGACGUACACCCGGGCGGAGUGCUCUACCUGGAGUCCAAUGGCCCCGUGUUUGUCACUUUGGUGGGAUGCAUGCGGGAGCUCGAGCACGGCAAGAGCGCCUUUCGCAUGGAGGACUGCUUCAUAACCGCCACAAAGUGGGUCAAGUGUGAAGUCCAAAACAACAAUCCAUUCGCAUAAGUUUACACUGUAGCACAACACUGUCUGGUUGCCAAUGCACUAGAAAUCAACAUAUCAAUCGAUCAAGAACAAUUCUCAAAUACACACACAUUCA